AUGGCUGAUGCGGGCGGGAAGUAUUACUCGUGGGAAAAGGACCGCCUCAUCGCGCGCAUAAGACAGCUCGAGCACGAGCUCGCAAAGCGGGAUGCCGCCGCGUCAUCCAAGUCCGCCGGGCCCGGCCCUGGCCCCGGCACGGCGAUGGUAGACGCUGCCCCGCCCCCGGCAAAGAAACGGAAGAAGGACAAAAAGAUGGACGCCUCCCGGUAUUCGAGCCGCUUCAUCGCCCUCAAGUUCGCGUAUCUCGGCAAGCGCUACGGCGGCUUCGAGUACGCCAGCUCCGCGAGCCUGCCGACCAUCGAGGGCGAGCUGUGGAACGCGCUGACCAAGGCUUGCCUCAUCUUCCCUGAGGACCCGGAGGUGGUCAACUUCGACUGCUGCGAGUACUCCAAGUGCGGCCGCACGGAUCGCGGCGUGAGCGCUUUUGGGCAGGUCAUCGCUCUGAGGGUACGGAGUAGCAAGCCGUUGCCCAAGAAGCCGGAAGAGCAAGCUAUCCCCGAGACAGAGGGGGAUACGGCCAUGGAAGGGACCGUCGAGAAGGCCGAAGGAGAAGAAGACAACAAGAAGCCUGAGAAGGAGUGGGACGACAUCGAAGACGAGAUCCCGUACGUCAAGGUCCUCAACCGCCUGCUCCCCGACGACAUUCGCGUCAUCGCGUGGUGCCCGGCGCCGCCGCCGGGAUUCUCGGCGCGCUUCUCCUGCGAGGAGCGGCAGUACCGCUACUUCUUCACGCAGCCAGCCUUCACGCCCACGGCGGUGACCACGACUGACGGCGCGCCGUCAGACGACCUACGGGAAGGGUACCUCGACAUCGAGGCCAUGAACGAGGCGGCGCGGCGCUUCGUCGGCGACCACGACUUCCGCAACUUCUGCAAGGUGGACGGCAGCAAGCAGAUCACCAGCUUCGAGCGGCGCAUGUACGAGGCCAGCGUGGAGGAGGUGCAGGACGUCGGCUCGGUGCUGCCGUACCUCGGGCGCGGCGCCGCCGACGGGAACGACAAGCUGCCUAGGGUGUACUCGUUCAACAUCCGCGGCACGGCGUUCCUGUGGCACCAGAUCCGGCACAUGGUGACGAUCCUCUUCCUCGUGGGCCAGCGCCUCGAGGGGCCCGACGUCAUCACGCGGCUGCUGGACGUCGAGAAGACGCCCCGCAAGCCCAAUUACGACCUCGCGCACGAGACGCCGCUGGUGCUCUGGAACUGCGUGUUCCCCGGCGACGACGACAGUCGCAUCCCGACGGCGCCGGAGAAAGCGCUGCGGUGGGUAUACGGCGAGGCCGACGUCGUCGAGAGCCUGUGGGCGCACUACCGCGAGAAGAAGAUGGACGAGGUGCUGGCCAAUCGGCUGCUGGACCUAGUCUCGGGCCAGGUGCAGAGCACCGAGCCCAAGCCCAAGGGCAAGCGCGUGUUCCAGGGUGGCCACGAGGGCAAGCUGUCAGGCGGGUACGUGCCGCUCGCUAAGAAGCAGCUGACACCGACGCCCGAGGAGAUCAACAACCGGUGGGCGCAGCGCAAGGGGUUCAAGAACGCCGAGGAGAUGAGAGAGUCGAAAAACUGGAGGAAGGCCAUCAAAGAUGCCAAGCAGGCGGGUACCACCGCCGCUGCCGCCCCCGCUGCCGCCGCAGGGGCCGGUGAUGAAUGA